AUGAGUGAUAGAGUGUUAUUGAAGAUGUAUUAUUUUGGUCAGAUUUUGUUACAAACAUCUGAAGGAGUAACAUUUGUUUGUGAAAAUCCGUUAGAUUUGGUGAUUCCUUUUACAAUCUCAUUUGAGGAGCUCAAAGGUGUGAUCUGUGAGAAGAUUCAUUCUGAGAGGGCAAGAAGGAUAUCAUGUAUUCUAUACAGAAAUCCUAUUCAAGUGUUUGGUGGAUUCGUCCAGUUUCAAACCAAAUAUGUAACGGACGAAGCGAGCAUGCAAGAUAUGUUUUCCAUGUAUAUUGAACAUCGGAGUCAACUCUCGUUCAUCGAGUUGUAUGUUGAGUUUGAGCAAUUUGAGGCCGAUCGGAAUAUUCUACGGGAGGAUUACAAUAGUGACAGUGAAGAAGAGUUCGAAAGCAACUACGAAGUUGUUGGUCCAGAUGGAGAUGAGGUUCAAGGUGACGGAGCUAUGGCUCCGGAUGUGUCUGAUGUGGCAACUGCACUGGCAAACGAUGUGCCGUACAUAAUUCUCAAAAUUCCUUUUCUUGCAGAUGGUGAAUUUGCCGUUGGGAUGGAAUUCAGUUCAAGGGAAGCUGUUAUUAAAGCGAUAAAAGAGUAUACUAUACGAAGAAGCGUAGAUUACCGGGUGUAUGAGUCUGAGCCGUUGACAUUUUAUGCGAAGUGUACACAGUAUGGGUCUAGGUGUGAUUGGCUUAUCCGGGUUAGCAUGAUCAGCCGGAAGUACUGUUGGGUUAUAAGGAGGUAUAAUGGCAGUCACACAUGUACCAGAGCCACAAUUUCUCAGGAUCAUUCAAAGCUGGAUUCGACUACGAUUGCAGAAGCAAUUAAGCCGUUGGUUGAGGCUGACCCCGCCUUAAAGGUAAAAUCAGUUAUAGCAGAGGUGCAAUCGAAGUUCAACUACACUCCGUCGGCUGUUGUUCAUUUUGAGACUAUGCCUGCAUACCAAGGCGAUGACUUGGUGACUGAUAUUCGGGUAUUGCAUCGUGUCUUUUGGAGUUAUUACCCCUGCAUUAGAGCUUUCAGACAUUGUAAGCCAGUUGUCCAGGUGGAUGGGACUCACUUGUACGAAAAGUACAAGGGUUGUCUACUAGUGGCAGUGUCACAGGAUGGUAACAACAAUAUCGUACCAAUUGCGUUUGCAAUUGUGGAGGGAGAGACUUCAGAUGCGUGGCACAUUUUUCUGAGUAACCUUCGUCAGCAUGUUGUCACUCGGGAUGGUGUGGGACUGAUAUCCGACCGUCACGAAUCCAUAAAUGCAGCUGUGGAAAGGAGUAAUGGGGCUUGGUCACCUCCGAGAGCCUUUCAUAUGUUUUGCAUCAGGCAUAUAGAGUCGAAUUUUCUGAGAAAAUUUAAGGUGCCGUACUUGCAGAAACUGGUCGUCAACAUAGGAUAUUCGAGGACGGUGUGGGAGUACGAGGUGCGUUACCAACGUUUACGAGAACGGGGGGAAGCCUACACUGACUGGUUAAACCGAAUCCCCUGGGAACAGUACGCGUUGGCAUUUGAUGGUGGAUAUCGAUGGGGUCAUAUGACAACAAAUCUUGUGGAAUGCAUCAAUUCAGUCUUGAAGGGCGCACGCAAUCUCCCCGUGACUGCCCUUGUGAAGGUAACAUUCUACAGGCUGAACGAGUUGUUUACCCGAAAAAGAGCGAAAGCAGAAGCCCGGAUUAAUGCUGGCCAUGUGUUUUCUAAUGUCGUGACCUCGAAGUUGCAUGCAAACCAACUUGCAUCAGGAAACAUUCAGGUUAGUUGCUUUGACCGGCAGAAUGAGGUCUUUGAGGUGCGUGAGAUGCCAAGUGGACUGGAGUUUGCAGUAGACCUACGUGGCCUUCGAUGUGACUGUGGUGAGUUUCAGGUGGACCGGAUCCCCUGUCGACAUGUGUUUGCAUGUUGUGCCAACCAGCGACUGGAUUGGCAAGUGUAUGUUCAUGAUGUGUAUAAGAUGGACCAAGUUAGGCGGGUGUACCGAGCAAGGUUUAGGCCACUAGGUAACCCCACUACAUGGCCUGCUUACAACGGACCUCGGUUCAUCCCAAAUCCGUUCCUGAGACGCGUCGGGAAAGGUCGGCCGAAAAUGACGCGCUUCUUGAAUGAGAUGGACACGCGAAUGUUACGUCGGCCUAGGCGAUGUACGAUAUGUGGAGCUGAGGGACACAGUCGUGGCAGAUGCCAUCAGCAGGGUGGUGCAAAUGCCAACUGA